UAAAAGAUAAGGUACGUACCGAUGAAAAGUUCUUGGAUUGUUGUCGAAUAUUCUCUUUGCAGAUCAGUACUUUCUUUUACUGUCGUUCACUUUGUUUUACGAUGCGGCUACUCUCUAUUUAUCCCCUUUUACUCCUGGGCACCCAGUUCGCGUGGGCUCAGGAUGACACAACGCCACUCGAUGACCUCGCUGAACAAGCCUUGAGAAACAUCCUCGUGGACGAAACCGCCAACCCCACGAGCGUCGGGUCCGUGGCCGCCAGAGCGGCGCGCUCAGUCAAUUCAUGCAACGUUUUCGGUAGCGCAAAAAGGAUGGAAUGGGAUAAUCUGAGCAGCCCUGCGAAACGUCACUAUCUGGAUUCCGUGCUUUGUCUGUUUAACAAACCUUCGAAAAGUGGCGCCCCUGGUGCAAGGAACCGAUACGAUGACUUUGUUGUGACCCACGUUCUUAACACUCAGCAAAUUCACUUCACGGGAAACUUUCUCUCCUGGCAUCGAUACUUCAUACGCACUUUUGAGCAAGCACUUCAAAACGAAUGUGGCUACACUGGCAGCCUUCCAUACUUCAACUGGUCCAAGUAUGCGAGCAACGCCAAAGCUGCCCCUCUAUUCGACGGCAGUAGCACCUCCAUCGGCGGCGAUGGUGACUUUAAGCAACUUAGUGGCAUCUACAUUCCUUCAGUCUCUAUGCCCUUCCAGGUCAUCCCGCAGGAGGGUGGAGGUGGCUGCGUAACGUCCGGUGCGUUCCAAAACAUAACAGUCAAUAUUGGUCCCGUGGACCCGUCCUUUGACGACGCUACGCCAAACCCACAACCGGACGGCUUAGGGUACAAUCCAAGAUGUCUUCGGCGAUCACUUUUGAACUCCAUGGCAUCUGAAGGAUUGUCAGCAUUGAGGGUAGCCAGCCUUCUCAUCCAAAGCUCGACUAUUGCGCAGUUCCAAGAUAAGAUGCAAGGCAAUGUCACUCCUGGACCCAAUUACUUCCUGGGUGUUCAUGCUGCCGGCCAUUAUCUUAUCAACGGCGAGCCUGGCGCCGAUAUCUUCACCAGCACUGCUGAUCCAUACUUCUUCCUGCAUCACGCUCAACUCGACCGUCUAUGGUGGAUUUGGCAAAACCUGAACCGGAGAACACGACUGGACGCGAUUGCAGGUACCAUUACGAUGUUCAACAAUCCACCAAGUCGCGAUACAUCGCUUGAUGACAUGCUUGAUAUGGGCGUGAAUGGACCAACUCUGCCGAUUCGGGACGUCAUGGACACAAUGGACGGGCCUCUCUGCUACAUCUAUUUCUAAGGUUGCGAAGCACAUAGAACUGACUGGUAUCGGCAUCGUGAAGUGGUAACUGAAUGCCUUUAGUCCGCCUCAUCGAGGUCUCAACUAUCCACUUCUUCAUUCAACCCUGCACAUAGUUAUACUCAUUUUAAUUAUGUUAUUAUGAUAUUGAAAUUUUUCAUAGAUGUCGGAAAGGCAUUCGGGGGUUGCCACUUGCUACGGUCACGACUCAUGACAGCUCGCUU